CGACAAUCAAUUUGUAGCCUCGGAAAUCCGAUUAUGUAGUUUGAUGUUCAUAGAAGAUGACCGCGUAUUAUAUAAUAGGCUAAAGAGGGGCGAAGAAGAUGCCAGGCUCAACCAUAUCUGUGAAUCGGGGAGGGGAUUACUCGCUUGUGCUAUUUGGGAUGGUAAUAUGGCUAUGCUCAGACUUCUACUCGAUACUGGCAAGAUCGAUGUGAAUGCAGGACUUUUCGGACGUUCGGCAAUAUGGGAGGCAGUGAGACGGGGAAACGGGCUAGCACUCAAAAUUUUGCUCAAUACUGAAAAAGUUCAACUAAAAGAUGGCGAGGGAGAUGAACUGAUGUCGCUGGCGAAGGAGAAGGGUGAUGAAGACAUCAUGGGAAUUCUGAAUGAAGCACUCAAGGAUUUUCCUAUGACACUACAGUUGCCAGAAGGUCUUGCUUGCCUCCCCGGUAUAGCUUCAAGGCACUUUGAGCGUCUCAUUCAGAGUUGCGAAGUGACUUGAAGACACCCGGCGUAGUGCAUGCGGGAUCUGGUGGCACACAGAAAAGAAGCUUGCAUACAUUUGCACGAUAUAGGAUGGCAC